CCCGCAGCGCGUCCCCGCGCCCGCCGUGCCCGUGGACGAUGGUGGCGGCCCGGGGCGCUGCCGCCCGCCGCGGAGCGCUGCUGCUGUUGCUGCUCGCCGCCCUCGGCUCCUGCCCUCUGCGCCUCGUCCGUGCCGCAGUGUCCUGUCCCCGGAGCCUGGACUGUGCCCUGCAGCGCCGAGAGUUCUGCCCACCGGGGUCAGGUGCCUGUGGGCCCUGCCUGCCCCCCUUCCAGGAGGACGACCACGGGCGCUGUGUCCAGAAGCAGUUCUCACCCAGUGGACGGACCUCCAUUCCCAGCUUGGAGGCAGAAAUUGAUUUUCUGGCAGAUGUGCUGGCCAGGCAAGAGGCUCCUCGCCACCGCCCGGUGCAGGAUGGCAGACCCAGGACCACGCUGGUGCCCGAUGGCAGCAGACAGCGCCUGGCCAGCGGGCUGAGAGAAGGACGACUGCAGCCGGGUCCCACCAGCACCGCGGCAGCCGCCACCCUCCCCACCACUGCCACGGCCCAGAAGAACCCGGUGGAGGCAUCCCCCAUCCCUGCAAAUGACAACAUGGUGCUUGGGCUGAUCGUGGUGUGCACAGUGGCCGGGAUCUCGGCGCUGAUUGUGGCAGCCGUCUGCUGGUGCAGGCUGCAGAAGGAGGUCAGGCUGGCGCAGAAAGCAGACUACUCGACCCAGCGAGUGGCCAGCCCCCUGCCCUACGACAAGAUCUCGCCCGGGGACAAGACACUGGCACAGAGCGCCCAGAUGUACCACUACCAGCACCAAAAGCAGCAGAUGAUCUCCCUGGAGAAGCAUAAAGAGGAGCCCAAGCUGCCGGACUCUGCAUCCUCUGAUGAGGAGAAUGAGGAUGGAGACUUCACCGUGUACGAGUGCCCUGGGCUGGCUCCGACUGGAGAAAUGGAAGUGAGGAACCCGCUGUUUGACGACUCCUCCUUACACCCCUCCAACCCCAAGUCGCACCAGUAACACCCCUCCAGACUCCUGCACCCGAGCUCGCUACAGACUGUGCCUGCAGCCGGGCCCGGCGGGGCGGCCGUGCCGGAGGGGCCCCACAGCCUCUGCUGCCAGACUGUUCGACGCCUGCCCAAUAAACACCCACUAACAGCUAUGGGAGCGGGGAUCGCCCCCGUU